AUGGCUGGCACUGGAAAGUCCACCAUAGCUCUGACAGUUGCCCGUGAUCAAUAUGAACGCCGUCGUCUCGGCGCCAGCUUUUUCUUCACAAGGGGCGGAGGAGGCCUUGCCUCAGCCCGAAGCUUCGCGGCUACAAUUGCUUCCCAACUGAGAGAAUUCUCCCCAGAGCUGAAGAAAGGCAUCGACGAUGCUGCAAUGGCAAACCCCCGAAUUCAAACCUUGACACUAUACGAUCAGUGGAAGAAGCUUGUGAUAGAGCCUCUCUCGCGCCUAACGAAUGAAUCGAUAUCGCAUCCACUUGUCAUUGUCAUUGACGCCUUGGACGAAUGCGAUGAGGGCGCAUCGUACGGCGAUAAAACAUUCUCGGUCUUGGUUCAAUGCCUCAAAGAUGUCACCACGAUAGAGAGUGUUGAAAUUCGAGUUUUCGCCACCAGCAGACCACAUGGAGGAAUUAAAAUGGGAUUUGACCGCAUUUUGAACAAAGCCUUUCGGGGUCUCAUUCUCCAGGACAUCGAGAAAUCGAUCGUCGAUGAGGACCUGACGAUAUUUUACAAAGAAAAGCUCGGUGAAGCCGCCGAUUGGUUGUGUCGACCUGAUUUGCGCUGCUCCGAUGAGGCUAUCAAGCAUUUGGUCGAAAAGUCCCAUGGGCUGUUCAUUCACGCUGCCACCAUAUGCAGAUUCAUUCUGAAUGGAAAAGACUCUGCUCAUGAUAGGCUUUUGAGUCUUCUCGCCACUGGAAACAAUUCCGUAAAGGCAGAAAUCGAGCUGGAUAAGCUGUACACCACAGUUCUGGAAAGUUCGUCGACCGUGAACCCGGAAGCCGAAGAAAGACAGCCGAAGCAAGAACUGUUUCAUCGAAUCAUUGGAUCCAUUGUCAUACUAUUCGAUGUAAUGACGAUUUCGGAUUUGGCUAUGAUGCUCCAAGAGCCCAAGGAGCAAGUUCUCACAACGCUGAACCUACACAAAUCUGUGAUAGACGUCCCAGAGUCCAACCUACACAUUCGACUGCUGCAUCCAUCGUUUCGAGAUUUUCUUCUAGACUCUACCAGGUGUCGCCAUUCAAGCUUUUCGAUUGAUCCCAGAGAAGCACAUGGUCGCCUCUUCAGAUACUGUCUCCGAAUUAUGAAAGAACACUUACGGCGCAACAUGUGUAGCUCUUCGCAGCCUGCGACAAAUGCACGAAAUCACAUUUCCAAAUCCGAUAUGGAGAUGGAUAUUCCUGUUGCCGUUCAAUAUGCAAGUUGCUAUUGGAUUCGCCACUUACAGCAAAGCACCAUCGAUCCCACAGGAGAUACUGAUGUAUUGGAAUUUUUUCAAUAUAGGUUUCUCUAUUGGUUGGAAACUUUGGCCUUGAUUGGCCGGCUAUCGGACGCCCUUGUGCUGAUGGAGGUUUUGGGAAAGAUGGUAUCGAUCCCAAAUACCAAACCCCAGUCUCGGAGAUGGCUCUCCAAAAAGCUACUCGGCAAGUCAGAGAUGCUUCGCAGCCCUCGCAACGAUGUCUCCAUUCCACUAAAUCUUGUACUCGACGACGCAAAACGAUUUCUCCGAAGUCACAUAUCAAUCAUUGAGAAUGCACCAUUGCAAUUAUAUUCCUCUGCAAUGAUGUUCAGUCCAACCUCCAGUAUUACAAAGCAACGAUAUUACCACGAACUUUCCAACUGGACACUCUCAAAGCCUGGUCUUACUGAGAAAUGGGAAUCCCACUUGCAACAAUUCAUUUGCCCAUAUCUCAUCCGAGACGUGGCAUUCUCGCACGACGGUGGCCUACUUUGCGUUGGGCUAGGAGAUGGCGAUGUACACCUCUGUGAAAUAGCCACAGGUAUAGAGCGAAAAGUCCUAUCCACCAAUAAACGCAUCAGUGCGUUGGUACUCUCAUCUGAUGGCAGUCUCAUGGCCAUUGGAUUUAGGAAUGGUGGGGUUUCACUCUGGGACCUCACGACUUUGAGCCUGCUACACUCCCUAGAAGCGGAGGGGUCGGUCAUUCAAGUGGCAUUCUCACCCAGCGGCAAUGUAGUGGCUUCUUGUUUUACUGCAGUCCAUCAAUGGGAUGUCAACACGGGAUUGAAGCUGCACACCCUGAUACAUCAAGACGCCACUGACGACAGUCAUGCAUUGGACAAACUCUCUCUUGAUUGUACCAGUCUGACAUUCGGCGUCAAGGGCAACAAAAUCGAACUCCGGGAUACAGUGACAGGCGCAACGAGAUGGCCCCUUCAAGGCGACUCGCUCUUGAAAGGCCUCGGGCGCAUCCAUCCCUAUGGGGGACGUCAAGUCUCACCCAAUGGCAAUCUAAUUGUAGUUGAACUUGAGUCUGGUCCAGUUACGUGGGCUCUCUUCGACAUUGCAACAGGAAAGAAAAGAGUUUGGAAACCUUUCAAGUCUGAAGAGAAACAUUUUCGACCCUUGCGUUUUGCAUUUUCGCCUGAUAGCGAGCUGAUUGCUGUUUCCAAUUCUUCCGGAAUCGAAAUCUUCCAUAUAAAAACGUGGAAGAUGUUGGCUCGUCGAGAUGAUUGCGAAGGUGCCAUUCAGCAUAUCUCAUUCUCACCUAAUAGCCAGCUUCUCGCCUGUUGGAAUUCGCGGUCAGUCAGUCUCUGGGAUAUCACAACGUGUGAACGGUGGCACACGUCAGGAAGUCGCACCCAAAAGGUCAUAGGAAGAAUCUCUUCCGUCAACGGCAACAUGUUUGAGUCGUUCAACUCUGAAUUCAUCUUUCGGAAUCCAAAAACACACAAGUCUCAGACUAUGAAGAUGAAGAGUCCGAGAGAGGGAAAUAACUUUCCCAGAAUUGCUGUGUCCCUCGAUGGUAAGCUAAUGGCUUCCGCCUGGGCGGCGGGGAGAGUCUACCUCUGCGACACGGGGACAGGCGCACUCAAGCACACUUUCCAUGCAGAACAAGAACGGAGAUGCUCUACAGUGAAAAUUUCACCAAAUGGCGUAUUCGUGGCCUUUGCACCAACAAUGGGAGUGGUGUCAAUAUGGGAUUCAACCACAGGGAAACGACACCAUCAAGUUUUGCCCUAUGACCAAUCGCCAUUCGGUCCCGAAGACAUGGCUUUUUCGCCUGAUAGUAGGCUUAUAGCCUUCGGGUUUUGGGAUGGUGUUAUCUCCAUCUGGGAGAUUGAACACGACACGGCUUGUGCAAGGACAGAGUUUUGUCAUAGUGUCAGCCGGAUCAAAGCUUUGGCUUUCUCUCCCGAUACUAAGCUCCUGGCCUCGGGAUCUGAUGAUAGUCAACUUUGCCUCUGGGACACGACAACAGGGACGAAGCGGUGGGCCUUGCAAGGCUCUCCUAAAACGAAACGUAUAAGCGGCCUGGUAUUAGUGGCAUUUUCGCACGAUGGGGAGCUCGUAGCUUCUGCAUUCAACACUGGUUCAGUGACACUCUGGCACGUCAAAUCCGGUACAAUACAUCAGACCGUCACUACUGGUGGGGACUUGAAUUCCCUUUUCUUUUCCGACACGGGUUUUCUCACGGAUCGCGGACCCCUUCCACUGUCUGACAAUUCUCAAUCCAUCUUUGUUUCAGAGGAUUGGAUCAUGGUGGGAGAACAACGCGUUGUCUACAUCCCGCCGGAUUACCGAGAAUCUCUUGCGUUCGUUUCUGGGGACACAGUGGGCUUUCUCGACAGCUCAGGUCAGGUUCAGACGUUCCGCUACAAUCUUCCGUGA